UUAUAAGAAAUCGUGGUAUAUUGGUAUGUAUCUAUGGCAAAGGGGUGUACUUUUUACAUCAAUGCUUCGUUCACAUUUUGAGGUUCGGAAUUCUGUUCUUUCUUUAAAAAUUCCAUAUUUUUAAGACUCGUUGAAUUAAAGUAAAUCGUUGGUAGUUGAUCAACAACUUCUUCAAAAUGGUGAAUUUGUUCGUACGUGGUCAAAAUGUUCAUGCUUUGGAAUGUCAAGGGUUUGAGAACAUUUCCCAAAUCAAGAACCGAUUGGCUACUUUGGAAAAUAUAGAAGAAACUUUAAUUUCGUUGUAUAAUCAAGGUCAACCACUUAAUGACAAUCAAAUUGUUGGAGAAUUAAACAACUUCAAUAUUGAUUUAAUUGUUCCAUUGCUUGGAGGCAAAGUUCACGGAUCACUGGCUCGUGCUGGAAAAGUUAAGGGACAAACUCCAAAAGUUGAGAAAGUCGAAAAGAAAAAGAAGAAGAAAACUGGACGAUCAAAGAGACGCAUUCAGUACAACAGACGUUUUGUAAAUGUUGUUCAGACUUUCGGACGUAGGAGAGGGCCAAAUGCCAACUCAUAAAUUGUUUUGCUCUUUAUAAAUUUAAAAUAAACAAUGUGGUAAAAU